CAGUGUUUAUUUAAACCUUCGAAAACAAAAUAGGGCAGUCACCGAUCAUAUGAGCCUGCAUGUACUCCUUGCCACUUGUAUAUAAAAGCACGGUCACUGGAGUGUAAGCAUAGACACACACAAAAGCUGGAUUUCCAUUUGCGCUCCUUUUGUGACUGAUAAUUGAGAUGCAGUCUACCAGUUCUACUACAGUUUUCUCUAACGUGCACACCGAUAUGACAGAUCCCGAGGGCCCGGUCGCGCGCCCCCAGCAUGGCAGUGAUUCAGGGAAGGAGGCGUACUCUUGUCUCUGCAGCUCCUUUAUCUUGGUACUUUGUACCGUCCUUGUUAUUUUUGUCAUUGGAAUCGUCAAAGCCAGUAUGGCGGAUGACGGGUAUGCGUUGGGUAAUAUGGUGUUCAUGGGGCUUUGUAUCGCCAUUAUAAUCAUGCUGAUUUUUACCUCGUUAUCCUGUCUGUGUAUGUGCCACAAACGUUAUACUUAUGUGGAGGGGGACGGGAUCUCAAAUAAGACCAGUUCAAACAAAGGCGGUGCUUAUUACAUAGUGGCCUGGAACAUGAAGAUUUUAAAACAAUCGGGUACCGAUUGUCCAAUCUGUUGGGAACAAAUGGACUCAAAGCAAGAACUGAAAGCAAAACUCGUCUGCCAACAUGUUUUUCAUUACCAGUGUUGGAUGAAGUAUUCCCAGAUGACAGACAUCCCUUCAUUGUGUUGUCCCCUCUGUCGAGCCACGCCCAUCAAAUUCCCGGGGGUAGAACGGAUUAAGUCCGACUUAAAAAUCUUCGUAGAUCGCUUCCGAUGUUUUGUGCAACGCAGGGAACCCCCAGACUCCGAAACACCAGGAGUGGCAAUGAUUGACGUCUAAUCCCGGUCAAGCUUCAGUAUUCGCCGUUUACUGGUCUAGUCAUCACAAGGAUGAGGGCGCCUACCCCCUAUAUCUGACCUUUCUGUAGGCAGUAGUAAUAUUGCAUGGUGCUAUGCAUAUAUCGUUCGACAUGAUAAACUUCAUAUCGCCAUACAGCAUCUUUAAAUUCUGGGAGUCACUGUCUUUAUAAAUAGACGUUGCGACAGAAAUGAUCGGAGAGAUGGGUUCAUGUGUUCAUACGUUCUGGUUAUGCUCUCUUGAUCUGAUUAUUCAAGACUGUCCGUCUAUGUUGGUGAAUUAUCCGUUUGAAAAACGUUCAACAGAUGAAAAUAUAUACAUAUAUCUGGAAGUGAAUUGACAAAAAUCAGCAUUUUGGGAACUUAUUUCCUUGGAUUUUAUCAGUUUCCGCCUCUUCUUGUCGGGCACGUGGUGGUUACUGUAGAUCGCCGUUUGGCUGGAAUGGUGUCGCUAUCCUAUAUAUGUGCAGACCACACUUUUCAUUUAAGGACAAAAUGCCCCUGGAAUAUUUGUGACAGAGUCCUUCCAUGCCGACCACUGUAGAUUACGGAUAUACAUAUAUAUAUAUAUAUAUAUAUAUAUAUAUAUAUAUACACACAUGCGAUGUUGUUUUCGCUGUAUUUUUAAAACUUCCAUUGUCUACUCGAGACCGGUGCACGUUUUAUGUAAGAAACAUACCAGUGUAUAUUACAAGGUACUUAUAAACACUAUACCUAGAAUUGAUGUAAUCAAUAUAUUAUACUGCUUGCGAUAGUACUCAAAACAGGACGUUUUUAGACAACGACUGUUGUGAUAGUCAAACAGCCGUUAAUGUAGAGAUUAUCGAUUGUUCCAAACUUGUUCAACUUUUGAUAUUAUUUUUUUUUUAUAUAGAUCAUGGUUGUAAAUCAUUCCAUUUAAGUUUGUUAUUUAUACACUGUUAUCAAGUUUUUCGAAUAAAUUUUACAACUUUUCAAAGAA